GAUGAUAAAAACAAUACGACUAGGGAUGCAACACAUUGAAGCCAUUUUGCCCUCAGAUCCGACUUUGAAAAUCAUCCAUCUCGUGCGUGACCCAAGGGCCAUAAUCAACUCCCGUCUUGGUUUGAGACUCAAAGGGGAAAUAAUUGAGUAUAACAAUCUUUGUAAUCCGAUUAUGGAAGACCUUGAGAAAUCAAAAGAGAUUUCGAAAUUAUUUCCUGGCAGUAUUUUGACAGUUCGGUAUGAAGAUCUGGCAAAAGCUCCAAUAGUUGCAGCAAGGCAGAUAUAUUCGUUUCUUGAAUUAAAAAUGUCUUCACUGAUAGAGCAAUACAUUUGGAAUAUCACGCACGCAGACUUGAGUGAAUUUAAUUCCUUCGGUACUUUAAGACAAGAUUCAACAAAGACCGCUAACGCAUGGAGACAUAAACUGGAUUAUCAAACAAUUUUAGACAUUGAGAAAACGUGUACCGGAUUGCUAGAAGUAUUAGGGUAUCGAUUGUUUCAGUCAGAAGAUGCGGUGAGAAAUCUAAAUUUGUCUUCGACGUACAGACUGAUAGAUCCAGAUUUAAUGAAAUUAUCGAUCUAG